UCCGGCCGCUGGGGGAGGGGCCGGCGCUGUCGGCGGAGUCCGGGCGGCGGGGGCAGCGCUGCGGCCGCGGCGUUGAUUUGCUCCGAGGCCCGAUCCGCAGCGGCUCCGGCCCGGCGCGGCCCCGAUGUGUUGCCGCGGCAGUGAGCGGGACCUGCAGAGCUCGGCCCGCCGGAUGGGCGCCUCCCUCCUGCUGCAGCUGUCGGCCCACGAGCGGGAGCUGGACCUGGUUUUCCUGGACCACAGCUACGCCAAACCCUGGAGCGCGCACCCCGAGGCCGGCGGCUCCCGGCCCGCCCGCCUGCUCUUCGUCACCCCGCGCCGGCACCAGGACCACGGCAGUGACUGCGAGGUGUCUGUCGAUGUUGAGACGGUGGUUCCGACACCAACCCCUCUUUAUGAUAACCAGAAGGCUCGGAGUGUGAUGAAUGAAUGUGAACGGCAUGUUAUCUUUGCGAGGUCGGACACGGAUGCCCCUUUACCACCUGAUGACUGGGAGGACCACAUCAACAGGCUGGGGUGGACUGCUGCUCAGAACAAGCUGUUCAACAAAAUAGUGAAGGCGUUGUACUCAGACCGGCUGGCGAGACUGGCAAAUGAGGGGGCCAGCAACGAGCCGGUGCUGAGAAGGAUCACGGUGGACAAGUGUGCUCGGCGAAUCCGCCAGGCCCUCGCCAGCCUGAACUGGGACACCAAGUUAACACAGUGGCUGCACACCACGCUUGUGGAAACCCUGAGCCUUCCCAUGUUGGCUGCCUACUUGGAUGUUCUUCAGACUCUGAAAUGCAAGCUCCCAACGCUGAUUGAUAAAAUGAUCAUCUCUUCCACUGCAAAGUCCGGGGCUGCUGGAGCCGAAGCCUUGCCCUUGCUGUUGAAACGGCCGUGGGACCCUGCAGUCGGAGUUCUGUCCCACAACAAACCCAGCAAGAUCCCAGGAUCUCCGCUGCUUCUCAUUGCUCCCAGUGGUCCUACAAACAACAUGGCAUCUGCGUCACGCAGAAACCGUUUCUGGUUGUCCCAGCUGUCCUGUUUGGGAAAGGUCAUCCCAGUCACCAUGCACAUUGUAAAUGGUGGUUCAGGAGUGAGUGUGUCGCAGUGCCUGGAGCACAUGAUCGGGGCCGUUCGAGCAAAGAUCCUGGAGCUACAGACUCACUUUCCAAGCAGACCAAUUGUACUGAUGGGUUGGAAUGUCGCAGCUCUUGUUGCUUGCCACGUUUCUGUGAUGGAGUUCGUAUCAGCUGUCGUUUGCCUCGGGUUUCCUCUUCUCACUGUGGAGGGACCAAGAGGAGAUGUUGAUGACCCGCUGCUGGAUAUGAAGACCCCCGUGCUGUUUGUGAUCGGGCAGAACUCAGUCCAGUGCAGCACAGAUGCAAUUGAGGACUUCAGGGAGAAGCUUCGAGUUGAAAACAGUCUGGUGAUCGUUGGAGGUGCUGAUGAUAAUCUCAGGAUCAGCAAGGCGAAGAAGAAGAUGGAGGGGCUGACGCAGAGCAUGGUGGACAGGUGUAUCCAGGAUGAAAUUGGUGAUUUCCUCACUGGUGUCCUGACCAAGACUGAGACGCAAGGAGGGAUUGAAGCCAAGGAGGUUGAUGUGGAGAAGAGAAAGCGAUGUCGGGACGCACGGAGAGACUUGGCCUUUGAGCUUCCGGAACGAAACAGCCGACCCGCAUCCCCUUUCAGCCGAGUGCCAGCCUCUCCCUCAGGUUCUGAGGGCACAUCGAGUGUGUCGAGCAGUCCUACCUCCAGCCCGAAGACAAAGAGCUCGUCCUUGUCCCCUGCCCAGAAGGCCAGCCUGAUCACAGCCACUGCCACUGCUGCCAGCCAAUCACCCAGCCUCUCUGCCCAGUUCUCCCACAUCCUUAAACAGCACAUGCAGAAGACGGGGACAGUGUUGACCCAGAAACAAGCUCAAGCUCAGUUUGCUGCUUUCCUGAAGCAGAACAUGUUGGUGAAGAAGAAUUCAAGUCCGGCCAACUCAUCCUGUGUCUUUGUUCCGGUGUCCUCGGACCAACAGGACCUGGCGGAGAAGGAGGACGUGAAGAGGCAGCUGAGGAGGCGGCAGCCGUCCAGCCCAACUCCAGUGGUCUCCAAACCUGCAAAACGAGCCAAGAUCAAGGUCACCAUUCUCUCCCACGGAGACGCGACUGCUGCCACAGCCGUGCCCUACACGGGAGCCAAGGAGGCCGGUGUCCCAAAACCCUUGACGUUAUCCGUCAGUCAGCCGGGAUCUGGCACCAAGGAGCUGACCGGAUUACUCACCAAUCAAAGAUCGGCCUCUGUGGACUCGUUCAACAGUUGCCCCAGUACACUCACCUCGACUGCCCUGCCCAUUAACACAACAGCCAGCGCCUUCCACAGUAUUCAGGCCCGAAUGUCUGCCGCCCCAGGCUCCGCCGGUCCACCACAGCCUCACCUGGGACCUGCCACACCAGGGACGCCAUCUGCAAGCAGCCUCCUCCAGGGGCUGAGCUUCAGUCUGCAGGACAUGGGGACGAAGGCCACCAGUUUGAGUUCUGCCAGUUCAAGUCAGGCCCAAAGUGUGAAGAACUCGACCUCCGCCCUGGGAGCCGUCACUGCCACGAAUCCCAUUGUCCGCACGGUCAGUGCCUCACCGGCUUCGGCAGCCCUGAGCGGCAAACCCACCGCCAUCCAACACCUGCUGAGCAAUGGAGGACUGGCCAAACUGACCAGCGGCUCAACCACACCGACAGGGGUUAAGCCUCCGACCACCAUCACUGUGACCCUGAGGACCCAGGCUGGCCGCGUGUCUGCCCUAGGACAGCCCUGCACCGCAGGCAGCCUCAGCCUUGAGGGGGUGGAGCAGGAGGUCAGGGGGCCCGAGGCCCAGGUGCAGCAGUGCUCUGACACUCUGCUCCCGGUCCCAAGAUCCCAAGGUAUCAGCACUGUCGACCAGACCAAAGUAAUCACGGCACGAGACGUAAGCAAAGGUCAAACCCCUGUGGAGUCAUUUUCUGUGGAAAAGAGUUCAAAUCCCCAGAGUUUGUGCUCAACUGUAGUUACUACAAGUCCAACAAAGACUCUUUACGUGAUGUCUGAUGCUAAGAUGUCUGCCCUCACCAAAUCUAUUAUCACUCCUCUCGAAGUGUCAACGCAGAGGUCUCUGGGGACUCCUCCUUUGAACACAGUUGGCCCAAUGCUGAGCCCUUCCAUUGCCAGCUCCACCUGCAGUGUGAUGCUUUCCAAAGUAGGGCCUGUCCUCCGGAGCUCUUCCAACACCGCGAACCUCACAUCGGGCAAGAGUGAAGUGAAACCUGCCUCAGGAGGGGAACGAUUCAGCCUUGCAAAGAGCCUGGGCCCGGGGGCUGGAAGUACAGAGACCUUGGGUAAAGUGCCCUCGGUGAUGGACCAAGGAAGCACCAUUAUCCACACCACAGAAACACCUAGCCUUGUGGGUUCCCUGGCAACCAGUGCACAGCAGUUACCAUGACCUCCUUACCCAAAGGCCAGAACUUCUGUUGGACGAUGAGAAAUGUACAGAGCCAUUGCUUUGCUUAUUCCUUAUUUUUGUAAUAUUUUAUUGGGUAUGUUGGAUCCUGUAGUAGAUGCUUGUUUUGUUGACUCCAGCUCUCACUUGAUCAGCCUGCAGGGAUAGUAGCAUCCAGUUCACGCUGAAAGGGAGUGGUGCAAGCAAUCCCAGUUGGAAUUGGGAGGCAGGAGUGCACCAAACCCCUACAGCACUGCGGUUUCUACUGUCUCUGUGAGAAUAACGUGAAAUAAAGAAAGACCAGAAGACAA